CAAUGUCUCAGGCUGUGCAGACAAAUGGAACUCAACCAUUAAGCAAAACAUGGGAACUCAGUUUGUACGAAUUACAACGAACACCUCAGGAGGCAAUAACAGAUGGCUUGGAAAUCGUGGUCUCACCUAGAAGUCUACACAGUGAAUUAAUGUGCCCAAUUUGUUUGGAUAUGUUGAAGAACACCAUGACUACAAAGGAGUGUUUACAUCGGUUCUGUGCAGAUUGCAUUAUCACAGCCCUUAGAAGUGGCAACAAAGAAUGCCCUACCUGUCGGAAAAAAUUAGUUUCUAAAAGAUCACUAAGGCCAGACCCAAAUUUUGAUGCACUCAUCAGCAAAAUUUAUCCAAGUCGUGAUGAGUAUGAAGCUCAUCAAGAGAGAGUGUUAGCCAGGAUCAACAAGCACAACAACCAGCAGGCACUCAGCCACAGCAUUGAGGAAGGGCUGAAGAUACAGGCCAUGAACAGAUUACAGCGAGGCAAGAAGCAACAGAUUGAAAAUGGCAGUGGAGCUGAAGAUAAUGGUGACAGUUCACACUGUAGUAAUGCAUCCACACAUAGCAAUCAGGAAGCAGGACCUAGUAACAAACGGACCAAAACAUCUGAUGACUCUGGGCUUGAACUUGAUAAUAACAAUGCAGCAGUGGCCAUUGAUCCAGUAAUGGACGGUGCUAGUGAAAUCGAACUAGUAUUCAGGCCCCACCCAACACUUAUGGAAAAGGACGACAGUGCACAGACAAGAUACAUAAAGACUUCAGGCAAUGCUACUGUUGAUCAUUUAUCCAAAUAUCUGGCUGUGAGGUUAGCUUUGGAAGAACUUAGAAGCAAAGGAGAAUCAAACCAGAUGAACCUCGAUACGGCCAGUGAGAAGCAGUACACCAUUUACAUAGCGACAGCCAGUGGCCAGUUCACUGUAUUAAAUGGCUCCUUUUCUUUGGAAUUGGUCAGUGAGAAAUACUGGAAGGUGAACAAACCCAUGGAACUUUAUUAUGCACCCACCAAGGAGCACAAAUAAGCUUUUAAAAAUCAAUUCUGAGACUGAACUUUUUAUAGCCUAUUUCUUUAAUAUAAAGAUGCACCAUCAUUACUUUCACGGACAGAUCUGGGAUAUGUUCAGUUUUUCUUCUGAGCCAGACUUGUUUACACUAUGAGGUUCAUUUUCCCUUAUUUAAGACUCUAGUAAUUCAGUCUCCCUGCCCCUUAAUAGUAUAAAUAAGUUAUAUUCCACAGAACGUUUGGUUCCUAUCAGGAGGACACUUUAACCUAGGAGUUUUUUUGUAGGUCUUUAUUCUUUUCCUUCCCCCCCUUCCAGUUUUUGAUCUUUUGAGACAAGGUCUCAUUAGCCCUGGCUAGCCUGGAACUUGAUGAGUUCCAGGGUGGCCUUGAAUUUGGAGUGAUACUCCUGCCCAAAUACUGGGAUUAUAGGCGUGAUUACCACACCUGGCUUAAGAUUCAGUUGGCCAUCAGCCAUCCUUCUUCCUUUCAAAAGUUUUGUAGCCUAAAGAAUGUUAGACAAUAUGUAUUCUGACUUUUUCCCUUGGAGUCUUGUAUAUUUAUAGUUUUCUAUAUAAACUAGUAUCUUCACGAAGACCGAGGCUCAAAUUUACUGUGCUUAAACAAUUCUCAUAGGAUUAUUAUUUUCAUGGUAUUUUCUUAUAUAGUAUCUCAUUUUUAAAAAGUUCUUUAUGAACUUGGUGUCCAUUGUCACGCGAUGUUUUGUUUUUUGUCCCCCCCCUUAUGUGUUUUCCUAUAAGUUUAGAAUUUCUGGUCAUGGGAAGAGAAUCAACAGAGUUCUUUGAGAAUAUGGUUCUUUUACAGAUUUCACUGAAGAAAGAAAAGUUUAAAUUGGCCAUAAAAUGUAUUCCUCCAUUGUACAUUUAAGAGUUCUUUUCUUUUAUAUUAGUUUUACUAUUCAGUCUUUUUUAUUAUAAAUGUUUGAUGCUUUUCCCUAUUAAAAUACCAGAGAUAUGGAGAUAUUUUGCACUUUAGCCUUGAUGAAAAGUACAAGAUAUGUUCAAAGCGACCUCUGAUUCUUUUCUUAUUACUUCAAGAAUAACAUGACAUAUAGAGCUAAAAAUGAAACAGAAAGGAGAAAGGUUGCUUCUGUUUGAAGAGUUUUUUGUUUUGAGCUGCCAUGUGUUUAUAAACUUAGGGCUCUGCUGAUUACACUCUGUAGAAGCAGGCUAACGGAGCGUGAUCAUUGCUUCCAUACUGAGACAGUUCUGUAGAACGUCAGCCAGUUGGUAGUCAUUCUCAUAUUCUUAGUUUUGUAUUGAGACAGUGUUGAUAGUUUGGGAGCCACAAGGCUUUAUGCUAACCAGUCAGAAAUAAUAUUGACUUAAGUCUUAUUUUUCACUUCUGUCCUGAUUCUCUAUGUGUCUCCAAGUUUAUAUUCUCACAGUAUUUACAAGAGACAUGUUUGCAUUGAAAAAUUUAACCCUUACAAAAGGGUUUUGAUAGGAGGAAGUAGACCUCCAACUACCAUUGUAACUAAGUCUGUCCAGUCAUUAUAAAUAUUUAUCUGUCUGUUUUGACAGAUUGGGGCCAGCUUGAUGUUUUAACUUGAGCCAAGUAUGAAAACUUAAAGGCUUACUCAAUUUUUUACCAUUUUACUGAAAAAAUUUGAAAUCUGUUUUUAUAGUUUUUUUUUUUUUGGUAAUCUGUGCCAUAAGAUUUGAAAACCACCAAAAUUAUAAGAACUUUUAUAUCCAAUUCCUUUUCUGGGGUAAUGUUAAGUUGUAUAGAUUAUUAUGCAUGUUUGCUGGAUAUAACCCUUGUUUUGUGAUGUAAUUGCUUAGAUUUUGUUGUUAACAUAUUAGAUUAGUGGUUGUAUUAAAUAAAUUCUCAAUGUGGUUAUUAAUUGAAAUUUUAUCUUUAAACAGGAAGUUAUUUGUGAUGGAGUUUGUGCUUAGUGAAUAUAUGUGUUUAUCUGUCAGUGUGGAAGCACAUAUAAACUUUGCAUCAUUUAGUGAAGUUAGUACAUGUGUACUCCUUUGUCAAAUACAUAGGUAAUGGUAGAACAUUGAGUGCAUUGUGAAUGCAGUGUGUGUGUAUGCAUGCUUGUUGCGUGGGGGGUGGAGUCUAGAUUUGGGAGAAGAAAUACUGUUGGCUGUGAUUACCAACCUUGGUUUCACAGGAUUUUGCAGCUCACUCCAGUAAUCACGGACAUAACCAAGUCUACAGAUGUCACUAGUUGGGCAGGAUUAGGAACCAAAUGGUGUGUUGCUCAGCUGUCCUUGAACUCCAGGCCUCUAAUUAGUCUCCUGCUGGGGCGAUAAGUGCAGACAUUACUCGUUUUAACCUUUUUUCUUCUUGGGAGUGGGUUGGAGUUCAGUGGUCGUAUGUACAGUUACACUGUUGUGUACAUUUACACUGUUAAAUUAGAAUUAACUUGUAUUUCCAAUACUUUUUCUCUUCCCAAACAAACUGUGCAUACAAAUAAUACUUAUAAACUCCUCUGCCCAUCUCUUGAU